CUAUUGGUCGACGUCAAUUGGACGUAAAAUACGUCAGCAAACAUGGCGGCGAAGUAAAGAAAAGGGUUUUGGAGCCAUGUGAAUUUUGUCAGUGCAAAAACAAGGUAGAGACGGUGAGUUUUUGCAGUCUGGACUCAGGAUCAGAGUUGUUCAGACAUGGCAGACGAACAGAACAAAAUAAAGAAGCCGAACAAAAUAAAGAAGCCGAACAAAAGAAAUAAGCCAUCCUUCGCAAAGGUGAAGAAAACCUACUGCAUUGUAUGUCGCAACGAAUAUUUAAAAAAUGAAGAACAUGAUCAUAUGCACAGCAUACAACAUCACAGUGAGCUGGACAAGGCGGUGGGCAAAGAUGCCAUUCACAAUUGCCAGGCAUGCAAGAUAAAUUCAUUGGAUUUGAAAGCAUACGCCAAUCAUAUCCUAACAUCUGAGCACCAAAUUCGGCUUAAGAACCUGAAGAGCAGAAAUAUUAAGCCUUUGUCUCUGUUCAAGAUUCUCAGCUCAGCUACUAUAAAGAGCAUUGUGACGAGAAACAAGGAACUGACCAGACUGAAAAAGAAAGAAGAGAGGAAGACUAAAAAGAAAAAAAAGCAGGAAGUCGGGCAAAGGUGUGCAAAGACGCAGCAACAUGGAGUCCAAAACAGGAUACUGGACGCCAAAGAAACAAUACCAAAACAACCCAAACAAAUGCAAAUGAAAACUCCAAAUCAGUGGCAGCAGCCACACUUCCCAGAAAGCAACUGUGGUGUCAUUCAAAAUAAGGAGAACAAAAUGUUCCCCAUACAGAAACCACCUCUAUACAGAACAUUUCCUGAUCAGAACUGGAGACCACCUUAUCAGCCAAGAGCUCCUGCUGGUCAGCCUUUUCAUUACCAAUACGGCUGGCAUCAGAACCAGCAAUGGCAUAAUGAUUACUUUGUCAACAACCAGUGUUACCAAGGGGAAAUGAACUGUUUCGAAAGUAGUCCAUAUAGCUACUCUAGGCCUCCAGCUGGCCCGUCGAGACAAAUGAUGCCCAAAGUGAGCCAGAGCAACUUUAAUGAGCAGAAACCCGUGGGAAACUGUUUCAUCACCAGCGGACCGCUCCCUCAAGAUGGAGACAACUUGCUUGAUCACAACCAAUCAGAAGAAGGGAAUUCCACUCAACCAAAACAUCCGAAAACCGACUCGGUUUGGCCAGAAAGUUCAAGCAGUUCGGCUCCGGGGGAUUCCGAAAACAAAUCUGACAGUCAUGCUCCUGUGCGGGACGUUGAUAUUGGCUUCAUGCUGAAGCAAAUCAGGAGAACACUUGGCGUCAGGGAGCCAUGCAGGGCGGAUCGAGAAGCCCGGCGGCAGAACGGGAACGGCCACACUGAGGAUCACAGCGCAGAGAAGCAAAAUGCUGCAGACCAGCAGGCAGAAACUCUGGAUAAGACUGAGCUGGCCAGCACCCAUGCUACCAUUGCUAAUGCUGAUGCUUUUCCUUCCACUAUCACCAUCAAUGCUUCGACCUCCGUGAUGCCCGCUGAGCCCAAUUUUACCAAAUCUCCUAAAGUCCGGGUUGCCCACAAAUCCAGUACGGCUAAAGCAGCAAAAGAGACCAUUCAUAAGCCAAUCCUAGACAAGCUGCAUCACCAAUCAGGAGCCAAGAGCAGUUUGAACUGGGAUGAGAUGUACAGCAAUUUGAAAAGGAAGAGCUUAAAAGGCGCGCCUCGGUUCGGAAUCGAGUUUGGAACCCAGCCGACAGACGUUGAACGCCCACUGCACGAAGGUGACCUGCUGCUAUCUGAGGGUUUCCAUUGGGAAUCGGUUCCAGACAACCUUUUAGUCCCGUCUCCCGCUCUGCCCUGUUCACACGGCAGUCAGCUUGAAACGCAGUCAGACUUCCAGACACGGGACUAUUCAGAGAAACCCAAUGUCCCCCAGGCAAGCUACAGCCACAAGAAGGCAAAAAAGGUUACUGUAAAAGUGGAACCAAAAGUGGAGAAUGAGGAUGAAGAAGUGAGCAGGAAGAGGACAGUCAGUAUAGUGGAAGAAGGCGACCUUUCUGACAGACCAAGGUGUAAAAAGAGGAAAACAAAAUCAAGAAAGGAUAAUUUAGUCUUGCAUCACCAUGCAGACCAGAGUCGGAUGGACCAGCUGCUGGCUGUCUCGCUCCGGGAGGACGAGCUGAGCCACUCGCUGCAGGAUCUGGACCAGUCUCUGGUCCAGGCGCGCAAUGCGCUGCAAUCUGCGUACGCAGAGGUCCAAAGACUGCUGCUUCUGAAACAACAGGUUACAGCUGAGGUCAACAACCUGAGAACACAACGCAUUGAGAUCCUGCAAGGAAUGCAAGAAGGAUACUCUGGAGCUACUCCAGCUGAGCAGAGAACCUCCUCACCUGGUUCUGCAUCCACCAUGUCAACAACUUCCUUUCCUUCCUCACUGAUCCUGCAGCAGCCUGCAGCAACCCCGGCCUCUUUCAUGACUCUACCUCAGCCGGCUCCCCUUGCCCGGCUGGCUGGGUCGCCGAAGCAAGAGGUGACUCGUGUAGUCGCAGCGGGACAGACGAGUCAUCUGUCCGUACCCUCUGGUCUGCAACCCACCACUGAGGUCCCCACUUCAGCUCACGGACCUCCUCCUGAAUCCUCUGCCAGGCAGCAAGAGCAGGAGAUGAGGGACAGGUUGACGUGUGGAAAGACCAAGGUUUUGGAAAAACGAAUACAGUCUUCGGAUGUUGUGGAAGGAGCACAAGAAAAUCAAACCACAGAACAGGAUAUAGGAGAAGAGCCUGGAAAGGAGCAGAUGAAAGCGUCGCGCAUGGACGAUGAGGACGAUGAGGGCAACGAGAGCGACGACUCAGUGGAGGUGGUAAAUGCCUCCACCCUGGAUGUCAUACACAUUGAGGAGUCAGAAUGUGAGGAUUCAGCAGAGACAGUUUCUCCAGAGCAGCCCGAAGAUCCCCAGGAGUCUGUGAGCCUGGAGUUGAGCUGUGCGAGCACGCAAACGUCUCAGCAGUGUGAGACGGAGAGGAAAUUUGAGCCUGCAGUUAAGCAGAAAAAAGAUGCCAGUCAGCCUGCAGAGUCUGUGGAAGAAAAGGAACCUUAUUUAGGGGAGUUUUUGAGUCAUUCCGGCCCCGUCCACGGCCUCCAGAUCCACAACGGACAGCUGUACACGUGCUCAGGAGAUAACACGGCCCGGGCCUACAACCUGCUGACCAGAGAGUGUGAAGCGGUGUUUGAGGGUCACACAAACAAAGUCAACUGUCUGUUGGUGUCGUCUCUGCCGAACAUGCUGGCACGCCUCUACACCGGAUCCAGUGACCAAACUAUCCGCUGUUACAGCAUAAAGUCUAAAAAGUGCCUUGAGCAGAUCACUCUACCAGACAGAGUGCUGUGUUUGCACAUCGCCUGGAAUAUUCUGUACGUCGGGCUCGCCAGCGGCUCUGUCAUCAGCCACGACCUGAAGACGCUGAAGGAGCUGGACGUGUUGGAGUGCCACGGCCCACGCGGCGUCAGCUGCCUCGGCACGUCUCAGGAGGGUGCGCGGCGCCUGCUGCUGGUCGGGUCGUACGACAGCACCAUCACCGUCCGCGACGCCAAGAGCGGCCUGCUGCUGCGGACACUGGAGGGUCACACCAAGACCGUGCUCUGUAUGAAGGUGGUGAAUGAUCUGGUUUUUAGUGGUUCCAGUGACACAUCUGUCCACGCCCACAACAUCCAUACUGGGGAGUUGGUUCGGAUCUACAAGGGUCACGGUCACGCCGUCACAUCCAUCGUCAUUCUGGGGAAAGUGAUGGUGACGGCCUGCGUGGAUAAAUUAGUUCGUGUGUAUGAGCUGCAGUCCCAUGAUCGUCUGCAGGUCUACGGGGGUCACAGUGACAUGGUGAUGUGCAUGGCUGUGCACAAGAGCGUGAUCUACACAGGCUGCUACGACGGCAGCGUUCACGCUGUAAAACUCAACUUGAUGAAAAACUACCGCUGCUGGUGGCAGAGUUGCUCCCUGAUUUUUGGCAUUCAAGAGCAUCUCUUUCAGCACCUCAUCCAAGACCACAGCAACUCCAAUCUGCAGACGGUCAAAUGUCGCUGGAAGGAGUGCAACCAUUUUUUCAGCACACAGCAGUCAGUCAAACAGGAGCUGCCCAAACACAUGCAGAACCACAUUGAUAGUGAAUGCAAGCUGCAGCCUUGACAGGAUGGCAGUCGAAGCUAUGCAGAAGACGAUGCAGAGAAUCUCGGCGUUUUGUUCUUUCCUUUGUAGAAACGCGGCUGCUGUUGAUAUUCUGGAACAAAUUCAGGAUUUAAAUCGUCACAUCUGACUUUCUCCUGGAAACAUCUGCAGCAUCAGACGUAAAGAGAGACUUAAAGUUUUGACAGUAUUUCCUUUGUCCAGUUUUUCUUGGUGUUUUUUUUGUCUACAUGGUAGAAAGUAUCAGUCAUCCUCAUUUUUCACCAGCUACUUGACACAAUUUUAGUUGAUACCAAAUUGACGUUAUUUCAUACAUGAAGCAAAUCCUUCAGAUCAUUUCUACAAAUAAUCCAUUUUAAGUAUUAUUUGUGCACUGAAACAAAAAUAAUAAUGCCGACAUCUUCCAGCAUAAUUGCAUAGGUUAGAGGCCGUUUACACUAUAAACAUAAACAUAAUGGUGUAAUAAUUCAGCAGAUUUAGUCAUCCAGGUGCACUACACCAAUAUCACCCAACUGGUGUAAAAUACUGAUCUGUUUUUAAGGAUUAUAAUACUUAAUAAAAAUGAGUUGAAAUUAUCUUUUAUGUCCAUCAGACUGACAUUGAUCUUGUUUUGGUGAAAGAGUAAAAAUCAUUAUAGCAACAAUUUUUUUUACGUUUCUGUAUUUUGCCGUGUAAUUCCUGCAGGAAUAAAGAAAGUAGUGCUCCAUAA